CUCAGUCGAAACCCUAUCACUUACUCUCUUUUAAUAUAGCUUUCUUGCUUAGCCGCUAGGGUUUUAGCGUCAAGUCUCUCACCUUUGCAAAGCUCCAGGCUAAUACUACAAAAUGGGUAAGGAAAAGGUUCACAUUAACAUUGUGGUUAUUGGCCAUGUUGACUCUGGAAAGUCGACCACCACCGGUCACUUGAUUUACAAGCUUGGAGGUAUUGACAAGCGUGUGAUUGAGAGGUUCGAGAAGGAAGCUGCUGAAAUGAACAAGAGGUCAUUUAAGUAUGCCUGGGUGCUUGACAAGUUGAAAGCUGAGCGUGAGCGUGGUAUUACCAUUGAUAUUGCCUUGUGGAAGUUCGAGACCACCAAGUACUACUGCACUGUCAUUGAUGCCCCUGGACAUCGUGACUUUAUCAAGAACAUGAUUACUGGUACCUCUCAGGCUGACUGUGCUGUCCUUAUCAUUGACUCCACCACUGGAGGUUUUGAAGCUGGUAUUUCUAAGGAUGGACAGACCCGUGAGCAUGCUCUCCUUGCCUUCACUCUUGGUGUGAGGCAAAUGAUUUGCUGUUGCAACAAGAUGGAUGCCACAACCCCCAAAUACUCAAAGGCAAGGUAUGAUGAAAUUGUGAAGGAAGUUUCUUCAUACUUGAAGAAGGUUGGAUACAACCCUGACAAGAUUCCCUUUGUCCCCAUUUCUGGUUUUGAGGGUGACAACAUGAUUGAGAGGUCCACCAACCUUGACUGGUACAAGGGUCCAACUCUUCUUGAGGCUCUUGACCAGAUUAAUGAGCCCAAGAGACCCUCUGACAAGCCCCUCCGUCUCCCACUUCAGGAUGUGUACAAGAUUGGAGGUAUUGGAACUGUCCCAGUGGGUCGUGUUGAAACCGGUAUGCUCAAGCCUGGUAUGGUUGUUACAUUCGGUCCCUCCGGAUUGACCACUGAAGUUAAGUCUGUUGAGAUGCACCACGAGGCUCUUCAGGAGGCUCUUCCUGGUGACAAUGUUGGGUUCAAUGUGAAGAACGUUGCUGUCAAGGAUCUCAAGCGUGGUUUUGUUGCCUCAAACUCAAAGGAUGAUCCUGCCAAGGAGGCAGCCAACUUCACCUCCCAAGUCAUCAUCAUGAACCACCCAGGGCAGAUUGGAAAUGGUUAUGCCCCUGUUCUUGAUUGCCACACCUCCCACAUUGCUGUAAAGUUUGCUGAGCUCUUGACCAAGAUUGACAGGCGUUCUGGUAAGGAGCUUGAGAAGGAGCCCAAGUUCUUGAAGAAUGGUGAUUCUGGUAUGGUUAAGAUGGUUCCCACCAAGCCUAUGGUUGUGGAAACCUUCUCUGAGUACCCCCCACUGGGGCGAUUUGCUGUGAGGGACAUGAGACAGACUGUUGCUGUUGGUGUCAUCAAGAAUGUGGAGAAGAAGGACCCAACUGGAGCCAAGGUGACCAAGUCUGCUGCCAAGAAGGGUGGCAAGUGAACCGUGCAGGUUUUGGCUGAUUCAGCUAAAGUCUAUCAUGGUUCCUACAAUAAAGAGUUGGUUCUUGUUAGUGGGUCCAUCAUUGGGCAUUUAAUUACUUGUUUUGAUGGCUAUAGUUUUAAGUUAUCACCGUCAUGUCGAGGAAAUUGUUCACAGAACUGGGUUCUUGAUAGGCGGUGGCGAGGUUUUAUUGUCUGAGUCCGUAGUGUGUCUUAUUUGCUGUUGUCUUAUGAGUUGAAAACAUUAAAAGGUGUCUGUUUUCUGUGUUGCUAUUUUGCACCAUAACCAGCUCAGGAGUUUUAGGUCUGUUCCUGAGCUCCUUGAAUGUUAAUCAAACAUUUUAUAUCAUCUAAACUUGUGUGUUUUCCUGUUA